AUGGAUAUACCAGAGGGUAAUGGAAACCCUCUGGGUAAUGGAAAUGGUCGAGCUAGGCAGACUCGACCGAUUGGGCUUGGAGAUGCACCAAACCGCCACCAGCAAAGAAGAGGGAUUGUCCCACCUCCUGUCCAGAACCACAAUUUCGAGAUCAAGCUGGGGAUGAUUACCUUAGUCCAGAACAAGAUGUUCCAUGGAUUGUCUUGUGAAGAUCCCAUUGAUCACUUGGAUGAGUUUGAUAGGCUGUGUGAUCUGACCAAGAUGAAUGGUGUCUCUGAAGAUGCCAUCAAGCUGAGACUCUUCCCUAUGUCUCUUGGUGACAAGGCCCAUCAAUGGGAGAAGAGUUUACCCCAUGGAUCAAUCACUACAUGGGAGGAUUGCAAGAAGGCAUUUCUUGCCAAGUUCUUCUCUACUGGUCGCACUGCUAAGCUGAGAAGCGAGAUAUCUGGUUUCACUCAAAGGAACAAUGAGACAUUUGCUGAAGCUUGGGAGAGAUUCAAGGGUUACACCAGUCAAUGCCCUCAUCAUGGCUUCAGCAAUGAGUCUUUGCUUUCCACACUUUACAGAGGAGUUUUGCCAAGAUACAAAGAGAUGUUGGACACAGCCAGUAAUGGAAACUUCCUCAAUCAAGAUGUAGAUGAUGGCUGGCAGCUUGUGGAGAACAUUGCUAACUCAAGUGGGAGCUAUGGAGAGGAGUAUGAUCGCACAAACAGGAGCUCGACCUCCAACUCGAUCGAGUCUGAUAGUAAGCUGAGAAACGAUGUCAAGGCACUCAAUGAGAAGUUGGAUACGCUUAUCUUAGCUCAAUCCACAAUGAAGAAGGCCAACUUUGUUUCUAAAGAAGAGAUGGUUCAAGGCCAAGAAGAGGAGGAGAAUCAGUUUGCUGAAGUGUGCUACAUUAAGAAUGGACAAGGAGGUUAUCAAAACGGUUACUAUGGCUACAAGUCACACCCUACCAUGUCCUACAGUAACACUGAUGUUGCCAAUCCUCAAGAUCAAGUCUACCCUCCGCAGCAACAGGCUCCAGCGAGUCAGCCUCCACAGCAAGGAUAUGGUCAGAAAGGGAAUUUCCAGGGCCAUCAGGGAAAUUAUCAAGGACAACAGCAGAGUGUACCAACUGGGUAUGCACCUCAAGCGCCUCAGGCUUCACCAAGUCAGGAACAAGAAAUAAAAGCCAUGUUGAAGCAGCUCUUACAAGGUCAAGCAGAUGGUGCUAUGGAGACAAGCAAGAAGUUGGCUGAGAUGAACUCUAAGAUUGAAUCCUUGAACACUAGAGUUCACUCUUUGGAACACCAUGCUUCUUCUUCUGCUGCUAAGCAAGGUCAAUUUCCUGGAAAGGCUGUUCAGAAUCCAAAGGAGCAUUGUAGAGCGAUCUUCACUCAAGAGGAAGGAUUUGAUCAACAAGCUGCUAAUGAGAAGGAUAUUGAGGAGAUCUGUAUGCUGCUUAAUAAUGAAGACAAUGUUGUUGCUGAUGCUCCUGGAGUCCAGUACGCUCAACCUGAAGUGCAAGCUCCUCAGAUAGCUAUCCACGCUUCACCGGUUGAGCUCGCACAACAAGCUCGAUUGGCAGCUCGAUCGAGCCAGACCGUCUCACCAGCUCGAUCGAGUCAGAUGCUCUAUGUUCCAACACCACCUGAUGAUGACACCUACAAGCCCCCUGUUCCAUUUCCAAGUAGAAUCCUUACCAAGAAUCAGAAAAAAGUCAUCACCAAGUUUAGGAAUGACAUGAGUAAGAUUGGGGUUGAGCUACCAAAUAUGGGAAGUUUUCAAGCUGCUCAUGGUGAUCUCUUAUCCACACCAACCUCACUACCCAAGCUGAAUGGUCAGGGAAGCUUCACUCUGCCUUGUACACUUGGUCACCUACAACUUGAGGAUGCACUUGUUGAUUCUGGAGCAAGUAUCAAUCUGAUCUCUCUUGUUCUAAUACAGAAGUUGGGUAUACAGAGUCUGAUCCAGCGACCUAAGUCUUCUAUCAUGUUUGGAGAUGCUUCUUCUAAAGCCCCACUUGGUAUUGUCAUGGAUUUCCCUUUGAGAAUUGGAGAGUGCACCAUCCCAAUAGAUCUAACAGUUCUAGAUAUGGUUGAAGAGAAGGAUGUGCCAUUGAUCUUAGGGACACCUUUCCUCACCACUGUUGGUGCCUCCAUUGACUUCCACACAAAGAAAGUCAUCUUGCACAAUGUCAACAGCAAAGUCUCUUACCCUCUCAAGGCAUCAAGCUCUAAAUAUUGUGGAACCAUUGCCACUAAGUCGCUGAGCAUCAAGGGUGAUGAGUUUGCUGAGGUUGAAAAGAUGGAGAUUAUGACUGUGAGCUGCACAGAGCCAGUUAUUUGUGAACCUUGUGUUCUGGAUGAGAUGGGUCUUGCAGUUUUGUUUAGUGAGCAGCUAGGAAGUGCUCAAAAAGAUGGGGAGGGUAUGGCUUUGAAGGCGUCUCCUGGACAUAAAAGAAAGAUGAUCACGCCUCAGACUCUCUCAAGCGCUCCAUCCCAGCUUACCCUGACUCUGUUGCCAUCCAAGUUCACAAAUGGGAAGAUUGAGUACAAGAUCAAGUGCAAGAGAAAGUCUAAACCGUUUUCCAGUAUCAAUGCCUUGGUCAGUCCUGAGCUGCAAAAAGAUCAAACCAAGCUCAAGGAGCUCCUAUCUUCAGUCCUUACUGUCACAUUUGAUGGCGGGACCGCUCUCAUUCAUGCCUAA